CGCGAUAUUUGAUGUAGCUGAAAAUCCUAGGAGCAGAGCAGGGAACUUGACAUGUCAACAAAACAGAUACAUUAUCACCACACAGGCAUGUAAUGGUGUGGAGGUGUGGAAUAGCCUGACAGGUAACCUCACCUGGACCUAGAUCCUCCACCAGGAUCUUCACCUGCUCUAUGACAACCCCUCCGCUAGUGUCGCCUUUUGGCGGGCAGCCCCCGCCGCCCCAGCUGCAGCAGCAGGCCCAGGCAGCACGGGAUGUCAACACGGCCUCGCUGUGUCGCAUUGGGCAGGAGACGGUCCAAGACAUUGUCCUCAGGACCAUGGAGAUCUUCCAGCUCCUCAGGAACAUGCAGCUGCCUAAUGGAGUCACUUACCAACCCAACACUCACCAGGACCGGCUGGGGAAGCUCCAGGAACAUCUCCGGAUGCUCUCUGUGCUGUUCCGCAAGCUGCGCCUCGUCUACGACAAAUGCAACGAAAACUGUGCCGGAAUGGAAUCUAUUCCUCCAGAGCAACUGAUACCCUUUGUGGAGGAUGACAACUCCAAACACGAGGAUCGCUCGGCCGGCCAGAGCCGCCCCCCCACCGAGGAGAGGAGAGAAAUCCUGGAGGUCAACAAGAAGCUGAAACAGAAGAACCAGCAGCUGAAGCAGAUCAUGGACCAACUGCGCAACCUCAUCUGGGAGAUCAACUCCAUGCUGGCAGUCAGGAGCUGAGCCACACACACACACACACAAAAACACACACAAACACACACACAGGCAUACAUUUACUACACCUAAUGGUGCAGCGGUUUGGUCGUUGACUGGAUGUGUAACAGGGUACCACAUGCUGGCUGAGGCUGCACUUUACCGAAGAAAUUGGGACUUUGGCAAUAUCAACCCGUUUCCUGAAGAAGACCUGAAACAAUGGAAGGAAAGAUUAGAGCGAGACACAUGAAGACUGAGAGGAAGGUGUGGACGACGGCAGAAGAUAUUCUGUCUACCUCAAUAUCCUGUAUUUUAAUCAACAAAAUGAUAAUCUGAAGAGUUGUUAUAUUAUGUGUUAUCUAUUUGUAGCUACUAGCUCAGUAGAGGGUUUAUGCCUGUAGAAAUACAUUGAUAUAUUCUAUUUAAUCUUUUAUCAUAGUUUUAGAACUUUGCGCCCUACAUUAAGAAAAAUGAUUUGAUAUGGCCCCUAAAACUUUCAAAAGAAGGAGAAACACUAUGGCAAAAAUAAUGAGUCUUAUUCUGACUUUAUUGAUCUGAUUUUAUUCGUUUGAUAUGAAUGUAUGUGAUAUGUAAACUCAUCUAUGCUCUUCUCUGAUUGGACUUGACUUUCAAUACAUGCCUUGUAAAGGAUUCUGCUGAACUAUAAAUCUUCCUGUGAUUUUUUAAAAACUCA